AUGGCCGAUCGUAUUUACAGCUCAUAUCCCCCACUCCUGACACCAGAACAACAGGAAUAUCUGGUUCAAACGGUAAAAAAUUGGGCAAUUGAGCAUGCUCUUACUGUACGGCCUUCAGCAGCAGUCGUGCCAACAGAAUUAAACCCAAACCACGUGUUAGCUACGAACGCGCCUGUGACGCUGUUUCCAAGUCCAUUCCCGAAGCACUGCUUCGAACAGGCUCGAAGUCUGCAACAGGUGUAUAACGAGCUUUAUGCCGCCAUUGCGAGCGACGAACAAUGGCUCGAGAACAUACUUCAAGAGCUGAUCGAGGUAGAUGACUUCCUUGCGAAUCUUUGGAAGAUCCACUUGUCUGUCAAGGAGGAAGGUUAUGUUCAGGCCCUAUCCCUGGGCAUGUUCAGAUCCGACUAUAUGCUUCACACUCCUAAGGAUAUCCAGCCAUCUCUCAAACAGGUUGAGUUUAACACGAUUUCUUCUUCUUUUGGAGGACUGGCUGUGAAGGUGUCUGAGUUGCACACGCACCUGGCCACCUAUCCCUCCGUAAAGCGACCACUCGCAUAUCCACCACACCCACUAUUUGCAAAUACUGCCCACGGCGAUUCGAUGUCACCUUCCAUUACGAGUAUCGGACAUCCUCCUCUGAACGAUGCGGUUGUCACGUUAGCAGCUUCCCUCGCAGCUGCUCAUGAGGCAUACGGCCCAUCAAAGUCUGGCCCUCAACUACCUACGUGUGUAAUUUUCCUUGUUCAAGACGACGAGCGCAACGUCUUUGAUCAAUAUGCAUUGUCAUCGGAGCUGCAUAACCGACAUCAAAUCCCUUCAUUCCGACUUCCAACAAGCAAAAUCCUAGCACUAACUUCUAUUCCGUCUAAAGACACAAAUCCAGCCCGACCGUUGAUUUAUACUCCACCAUCUUCACCCUCUACUCAAUACGAGGUCACCGUUGUUUACUUCCGCGCGCUAUAUGCUCCGACGGAAUAUAAUACUCCGACCUCCUGGGCAGGAAGGCACCAUCUCGAACGAAGUGCAGCCAUCAAAUGCCCCAGCAUCCUUUUGCACUUGUCAGGCUCCAAAAAGAUUCAACAGGUCCUUACAGCACUUCCUCCAGACACCGACCAUUUGAAAGGCUUCCUUCCACGCCACCCCGAAGCCACGCUGAACAACCUGAGAACAACCUUUGCACCACAGUACUCCCUCUCCUCACCUGAUUCUCACGUCGAGCCCGAAGGUCUUCGCCUCGCCCUCUCCCCUGAAACAGCCUCCAACCAUGUCCUCAAACCCCAGCGUGAAGGCGGAGGCAACAACAUCUACCGCGAUAAAAUCCCCACGUAUCUGCAAUCGAUCCCCAAGUCACAGUGGAAGCAAUAUAUUCUCAUGGAGCUGAUUCACCCACCCGCUGCCGCCAAGAACACAGUCCUACGAAGCGAUGGCCAAGUUGUCAGCGGAAACGUGAUAUCUGAAUUGGGGAUCUUCGGAGCUUGUCUAUGGAGAAAUAAAAGUGGUAGCAAAACGCCAGAGAUCUUGCACAAUAGUGAGGGCGGAUAUCUAUUGAGGACGAAAGGCAAGGACAGUGAUGAAGGCGGCGUUGCUGCUGGCUUCAGCUCACUAGAUAGUCUGAUCCUGUAUGAAGAGGCGUAG